UCUUUGAUCCUGGGGUAGAUGCACGCAUGCGCCCCUCAUUGGGCUCCAUGCACUGUCUGGAGUAAGUUGGAUGCGCGCUUCCCUCACUCGCCUCCCGAAGCCACCUCAAAACUGUUGCGAUGGGGAGGAUCAGGAAAAAUCACUUUGGAUUUUUGAUCUUUUCGUUGCUCGGGACUUUUAUUCACAGCCAAAGCAUCAAGGAUAUCAGAGACCCGAGUAACAUGCCUCUGGUGAAAGACACGGUGGACAGGCUGAUGAAGGGGUACGACAUUCGGUUGAGGCCGGAUUUCGGAGGUGCGCCCGUGGCGGUUGGAAUGAAUAUAGACAUCUCUAGUAUCGACAUGGUGUCUGAAGUCAACAUGGACUACACCCUGACCAUGUACUUCCAACAAGCGUGGCGGGACAAGCGCCUGUCCUACUCGGAGAUCGCCCUGAACCUGACGCUGGACAACCGCGUGGCGGACCAGCUCUGGGUGCCCGACACCUACUUCCUGAACGACAAGAAGUCCUUCGUCCACGGCGUCACCGUGAAGAACCGCAUGAUCCGCCUGCAUCCGGACGGCACGGUGCUGUACGGCCUCAGGUGAGACCGGGACGUCUGGG